CGGCGGCGGCGGCCGUGGGAGCCGAGCCUGCAGCGAGGGACCGGCUGAGGCGCGCGGGAGGGAAGGAGGCGAGGGUUCCGCGGCGCUGCGGCGGCCGCCGCCGCCGCUCGCGGGGAAGAGAUGGCGGCGGAGCGGGGAGCCCGGCGACUCCUCAGCACCUCCUCUUUCUGGCUCUGCUGCCUGCUGCUGCUUGGGCGCCGGGCGUCGGGCGCCGCGGCCACCAGGAGCGGCUCUCCACCGCAGUCCCCAGAAUCCAGCAUUCGAACAUUCACUCCAUUUUAUUUUCUGGUGGAGCCAGUGGAUACACUCUCAGUUAGAGGCUCUUCUGUUAUAUUAAACUGUUCAGCAUAUUCUGAGCCUUCUCCAAAAAUUGAAUGGAAAAAAGAUGGAACUUUUUUAAACUUAGUAUCUGAUGAUCGACGCCAGCUUCUCCCAGAUGGGUCUUUGUUUAUCAGCAGCGUGGUGCAUUCCAAACACAAUAAACCUGAUGAAGGUUAUUAUCAAUGUGUGGCCACUGUUGACAGUCUUGGGACUAUUGUCAGCAGAACAGCCAAGCUCACAAUAGCAGGUCUUCCAAGAUUUUCCAGCCAACCGGAACCUUCUUCAGUUUAUGCUGGGAACAGUGCAAUCCUGAAUUGUGAAGUUAAUGCAGAUUUGGUCCCAUUUGUGAGGUGGGAACAGAACAGACAACCUCUUCUUCUAGAUGAUAGAGUUAUCAAACUUCCAAGUGGAACGUUGGUUAUCAGCAAUGCAACUGAAGGAGAUGAGGGCCUUUAUCGCUGCAUAGUUGAAGGUGGUGGCCCACCAAAAUACAGUGAUGAAGCUGAAUUAAAAGUUCUUCCAGAUCCUGAGGUUGUACCAAACUUGGUAUUUUUGAAACAACCUUCUUCCUUAGUCAGAGUCAUUGGUCAGAGUGCAGUAUUGCCAUGUGUUGCUUCGGGACUUCCUAAUCCAACCAUUAGAUGGAUGAAAAAUGAGGAGGCACUUGACGUGGAAAGCUCUGAAAGAUUGGUGUUGCUAGCAGGUGGUAGUCUGGAGAUCAGUGAUGUCACCGAGGAUGAUGCUGGGACUUAUUUUUGUAUAGCUGAUAAUGGAAAUGAGACAAUUGAAGCUCAAGCAGAGCUUACAGUACAAGUCCAACCUGAAUUCCUGAAGCAGCCUACUAAUAUAUAUGCUCAUGAAUCUAUGGAUAUUAUAUUUGAAUGUGAAGUGACUGGGAAGCCAACUCCAACUGUAAAGUGGGUCAAGAAUGGGGAUAUGGUUAUCCCAAGUGAUUACUUUAAGAUUGUAAAGGAGCAUAAUCUUCAAGUUUUGGGUCUGGUGAAAUCAGAUGAAGGGUUCUAUCAAUGCAUUGCUGAGAAUGAUGUUGGAAAUGCACAAGCUGGAGCCCAGCUGAUAAUCCUUGAACAUGAUGUUGCCAUCCCAACAUUACCUCCCACUUCACUGACCAGUGCCACUACUGACCAUCUAGCACCAGCCACAACUGGACCACUGCCUUCAGCUCCUCGGGAUGUCGUGGCUUCCCUGGUCUCUACACGCUUCAUCAAAUUGACAUGGCGGACACCUGCAUCAGAUCCUCAUGGGGACAACCUUACCUACUCUGUCUUCUACACCAAGGAGGGGAUUGCUAGGGAACGUGUUGAGAAUACCAGUCGCCCAGGAGAAAUGCAGGUAACCAUUCAAAACCUAAUGCCAGCGACUGUGUACAUCUUUCGAGUAAUGGCUCAAAAUAAGCAUGGCUCUGGAGAGAGUUCAGCUCCACUCCGAGUAGAAACACAGCCUGAGGUUCAGCUCCCUGGCCCAGCACCUAACAUCCGAGCAUAUGCAACUUCUCCUACGUCCAUCACUGUCACCUGGGAAACGCCAUUGUCUGGAAAUGGGGAAAUACAGAAUUACAAAUUGUACUACAUGGAAAAAGGGACUGAUAAAGAACAGGAUGUUGAUGUUUCAAGUCACUCCCACACCAUUAGUGGACUGAAAAAAUACACAGAGUAUAGUUUCCGAGUGGUCGCCUACAAUAAACAUGGUCCUGGAGUCUCCACACAAGAUGUUGCUAUUCGAACAUUUUCAGAUGUUCCCAGUGCUGCUCCUCAGAAUCUGUCUUUAGAAGUGAGAAAUUCAAAGAGUAUUGUGAUUCACUGGCAGCCACCACCUCCAGCCACACAAAAUGGACAGAUUACUGGCUACAAGAUUCGCUACCGAAAGGCCUCCCGAAAGAGUGAUGUCACUGAGACCUUGGUGACUGGGACACAGCUGUCACAGCUGAUCGAAGGUCUUGAUCGGGGGACUGAAUAUAAUUUCCGAGUGGCUGCUCUAACAAUCAAUGGUACAGGCCCGGCUACUGACUGGCUGUCUGCUGAAACUUUUGAAAGUGACUUAGAUGAAACCCGUGUUCCUGAAGUGCCUAGUUCUCUUCAUGUCCGCCCACUUGUCACUAGCAUCGUCGUAAGCUGGACCCCUCCAGAGAAUCAGAACAUUGUGGUCAGAGGUUAUGCUAUUGGUUAUGGCAUUGGCAGCCCUCAUGCCCAGACUAUAAAAGUGGACUACAAACAGCGCUAUUACACCAUUGAAAAUCUGGAUCCCAGCUCUCACUAUGUGAUUACCCUGAAAGCGUUUAACAAUGUGGGCGAAGGCAUCCCCCUGUACGAGAGUGCUGUGACCAGACCUCACACAGACACUUCUGAAGUUGAUUUAUUUGUUAUUAAUGCUCCAUACACUCCAGUGCCAGAUCCCACUCCCAUGAUGCCACCAGUGGGAGUUCAGGCUUCCAUUCUGAGUCAUGACACCAUAAGGAUCACGUGGGCGGACAACUCACUGCCCAAACACCAGAAGAUUACAGACUCCCGGUACUACACAGUACGAUGGAAAACCAACAUCCCAGCAAACACCAAAUACAAGAAUGCUAAUGCAACAACUUUGAGUUAUUUGGUGACUGGUUUAAAACCAAAUACACUCUAUGAAUUCUCUGUGAUGGUGACCAAAGGUCGAAGGUCAAGCACAUGGAGUAUGACAGCCCAUGGGACCACUUUUGAAUUAGUUCCUACUUCUCCACCCAAGGAUGUGACAGUUGUGAGUAAAGAAGGAAAACCUAGGACCAUAAUUGUAAAUUGGCAGCCUCCCUCUGAAGCCAAUGGCAAAAUUACAGGUUACAUCAUAUAUUACAGUACAGAUGUGAAUGCGGAGAUACACGACUGGGUUAUUGAGCCUGUUGUGGGAAACAGGCUGACUCACCAGAUACAAGAAUUAACACUUGACACACCAUACUACUUCAAAAUCCAAGCCCGGAACUCAAAGGGCAUGGGGCCCAUGUCUGAAGCUGUCCAGUUCAGAACACCCAAAGCGGACUCCUCUGAUAAAAUGGCUAAUGAUCAAGCCUCGGGGUCUGCAGGAAAAGGAAGCCGGCUGCCAGACUUAGGAUCUGAAUACAAACCUCCAAUGAGCGGCAGUAACAGCCCUCACGGAAGCCCCACCUCUUCUCUGGACAGUAACAUGCUGCUGGUCAUCAUCGUUUCCGUUGGCGUCAUCACCAUCGUGGUGGUCGUGAUCAUCGCCAUCUUCUGCACCAGGCGUACCACCUCUCACCAGAAAAAGAAACGAGCUGCUUGCAAAUCAGUGAAUGGCUCCCACAAGUACAAAGGGAACUCCAAAGAUGUCAAACCCCCAGACCUCUGGAUCCAUCAUGAGAGACUAGAGCUGAAACCCAUCGAUAAGUCUCCAGACCCAAACCCUAUCAUGACUGAUACGCCAAUUCCUCGUAACUCUCAAGAUAUCACACCAGUUGAUAAUUCCAUGGACAGCAACAUUCAUCAAAGGCGGAAUUCAUAUAGAGGGCACGAAUCAGAGGACAGCAUGUCUACACUGGCCGGAAGGCGGGGAAUGAGACCAAAAAUGAUGAUGCCCUUUGACACCCAGCCACCCCAGCCUGUGAUUAGUGCCCAUCCCAUCCAUUCCCUCGAUAACCCUCACCAUCAUUUCCACUCCAGCAGCCUCGCUUCUCCAGCUCGCAGUCAUCUCUACCACCCAGGCAGCCCAUGGCCCAUUGGCACAUCCAUGUCCCUUUCAGACAGGGCCAAUUCCACAGAAUCCGUUCGAAACACCCCCAGCACUGACACCAUGCCAGCCUCCUCGUCUCAAACAUGCUGUACUGAUCACCAGGAUCCUGAAGGUGCUACCAGCUCCUCUUACUUGGCCAGCUCCCAAGAGGAAGAUUCAGGCCAGAGUCUUCCUACAGCCCACGUUCGCCCUUCCCACCCACUGAAGAGCUUUGCCGUGCCAGCGGUCCCGCCCCCAGGUCCUCCCACGUAUGACCCAGCGUUGCCCAGCACACCGUUACUAUCCCAGCAAGCUCUCAAUCAUCACAUUCACUCGGUGAAGACGGCCUCCAUCGGGACUUUAGGAAGGAGCCGGCCUCCAAUGCCAGUGGUGGUUCCCAGUGCCCCUGAAGUGCAGGAGACCACAAGGAUGCUGGAAGACUCCGAGAGUAGCUAUGAACCAGAUGAGCUGACCAAAGAGAUGGCCCACCUGGAAGGACUGAUGAAGGACCUAAACGCCAUCACGACAGCAUGAUGACCUUCACCGGGACGUGACUCCAGACCUGAAUCUAGAAGUCUUGGGACUGAGCCUUGAAAACAAGGAAUUGUACAGAGCACGAGAGGACAGCACUUGAGAACACAGAGUGAGCAGGCCAACUGGCCAGCACCCCUGCGUGGGGCCAGCUCCAGGCAUGGCCACUGCCUUCUCCUGGUCAGCCUGGAAGACGCCCAUGUCGAGGCAGCUUCCCUUUGCCUGCUGAAACCCUGCAGGACUGGGCACCAUGGGCCAAAAUUUUGUGUCCAGGGAAGAGGCAAGAAGUGUGACCUGCGUUUCACUUUGUGGUCAGGCUGUGUCUUCGUGCUGCGAUGGCAUCGCCUUUAUGGAGUGUAGACAUUGGCAUUUAUGUACAAUUUUAUUUGUGUCCUAUUUUAUUUUACCUUCAAAAGAAAAACACUAUCAAAAACCAAGGAAGUCCGUGGUGUUCUUCACAAGUGGUUGACUUAUUUGACUACUUGUUUGAAUUACGUAUGGAAAGUCAUUGACAGUGUGGGUUGUUCCAGGGGUUGGCUUGUGUUUUUUUUUGUUUUUAUUUUUUGAUUCUGAGUCAUUGCAUUCUCUACCGGCUGUUAAUCCAUCACUUUGAGGGGGGGAGGAAAUACUGCAUUGCUGUUUGUAAGCUUUUUAUUAUUUUUUUAUUAUAAUUAUUAAAGGCCUGACUUUCUCCUCUCAUCACUGUGAGAUUACAGAUCUAUUUGAAUGAAAUGUAACAUUG